AAGAAAAAUCUGAGAGAGCGAUUCAAGAGUCAAGACUGGUUCAUGUAAGUUUUAUAUCGUACAGUUAUUAUUUGAGUUUGCUGUUUCGCUUCUCGAAUGUAGCGCUAUAACGAGGUUGGGUAAAUACUAGCGAAUUAUUAGCUGACUCGAGAAAAGAAAAAUAAUCUACAUAAUAUUCUCGUUGCAAUUAUUAAAACAACGUGGAAAGAUGGCGGAACAGAGUGACAGGAGUCAAUUACCACCCGGCUGGGAAUGUAGAUACGACAUUCGCAGCGGUCGUCCAUAUUUCAUAAAUCAUUUUAAUCGAACCACAACAUGGGAAGAUCCAAGAGUGAGAUAUUGGCAGUAUUCUCAGUAUAUACAGUCUCAAAAUUCGAUGGCAUUGAGUUCAGCUACUACUACUACUUCUCAAGAUAUUCCUAUGCAGACUGGAGGAAGCGGAAGUGGUGGGCACUUAAAUUAUACAGGUGCUCACAGAGUUCCACAAAUUUAUCCAACACCGUCCCCUUAUCAUAAUCCACAACUAGCAUUCUUACCUCCUAGUACACAGGAGCUGAAAACGCCGCUAUCGUUGAAAUCCACCAGUGCGAUGACAACUCGAUUUGGCGAUUUGACUUUAGGCUCUCCGACUCCAGUGAGAAAUACAGAGACAAGUUUCACUCAAAAUUCUGACUCUGAGUCACAAGUGGCAAAAAUCAACGCUGUAUUCCCGACAGUUUCGGACACACAUAUUCGUCUUUUACUGAAGAAAUACCAUAACAGGGCAGCUUUGGUCAUGAGUGCUCUCCAAGUGGAAAAGAAUCCUCUUUGUGCCCCAGGACCGUGUACACCUGUGGGAGUGCAUUCAAAUUAUGCAAUCCCGAGAUGGCGUCUACCGGCUCAUUCUAUACAUGCAGCAUUAACAUUGAGUCCGCCUCGCGGAGUUCGGCCAGCCCCUAACUCCCCAAAAAUGAAACUUAGGUACCUGAAAAGUGUUUUUCCAAAAGUGGACGAAACGAUACUGUUGGAUGUGCUAGAACAGAGCGAUAAUAAUGUACAGAAGGCAUCUGAAAAAUUAAUUGAUUUAGGAUAUGAAAAACGGAAUCCUACUGUUCCUGCCAGAGCUGUAGCCAAAAAGAAAGAAGAGGAAGAGGUACAUGACGAACCAACUGCCCCUACGCCUCCUCCACGCAUAAAAAGCUUGGAAGAAAAGAACAAGUUGAAAACACGUUUAAUGGAAAAAUAUAAGAAUUUACCAGACCGAAUUGUGAUGCUUGCCAUGGAUAGUGUUGAUUAUGAUGAAGAAAAAGCAAUACAUAUAUUAGAUAUAGUAAUGACAGAAGAAGCUACUCGACCACUAUGUACUUCUAGCAGCCAAAGUAGUAGAAGCGAUGAACGGAAAGACAGUCCACCAGUGACGGAAGCUAUAAAAUUAACUGCUUCUCCGAUUAAAAAAAUAAACAAAGAUGUGGAUAUUGAAAAGUUGAAACGGUCCAAAAAUAAGACUGAGAUACCGAAAGUUUCACGUGGAACUAGUACUACAGAAGAUAAAGAAUAUAAAUCCCCAUAUCUAACAAAACCAGUGGGCUCAAACUCGGAUUUAGCAAAGGGAGCGAAUAACGAUUUGCUGUUGCCGGAUUAUUCACCGUGGUCGGGACCGGAUCCAAAUAUGCUGACUAAACAACCAUUUUCAAGAUCACUGGCGAUGGGACACGAUGCAAGUUUACUUUCUACUAAUAUUUGUCUUGCUAAAGGCUCCCAGUCUGAAUUACGAAAAGGACCAUUAAGGGGAUUGGCCCAAGGCUCCAUUUAUUCGCAAAGGAAUGUAACUAAUAUAGAGAGUCGUGGUAAAUGAAAUAUGUGCAAUUGUUUUUUUCUUGAUAUUUUUACGUUUAUUAAAUAAUUAGAUAUUAAAUAAUUAGAUAUUAAAUCUUAAUUUUUAGUGGCAAUUGUGUAAACUCUUUUCUAUCUUUGGAAUGAUUUAAUUUUUAAUUUUUUAUUGAUUCGAAUGUUAUAAAAAAUCUAAUGUACAAUUUAA